AUGUUAUUUAUAUAUUACGUUUACACAUUAUAUUUGUUCACGCAUGCCUCAGCUAUUAAAAAUAAGAGUGAAGAUAUAUUCGACUAUUGCAAACAUCCGGACUGUUCCUUAAAAAAUCAGCAUACAAUGUGUGCUGCGAAAAACAAGCAGAGUCCACGUUUAUUUGCUUCGGGAAUGACGACCUGGAUGAAAUAUCAAAUUUUACUUCUGCAUAACCGACAUCGUGAUAAUAUUGCAACAGGAAUGGAAGCAGGGCAGCCACCGGCCGCUAACAUGCGAAAAUUGUAUUGGGAUUACGAGCUGGAAGAAAUGGCCGAAGUUUGGGCUCGGCAAUGCCAGAAAAGACAUGAUGAAUGCAGAAACACAUUACGUUUUAAUGUGCUACAAAAUAUGGAUGUCCGACCAGUAUCACCGAGAGUGACUGAAGCACAGAUCCUGGCUGAUGCUGUUGGAGCUUGGUUUUCUGGGUCGAGAAUUCUAUCACCGGAAUAUGUUUGGUCGUUCAGACCCAGUAACUGUAGUGGCUCGGGAGGAUGUAACGCACACUGGUAUUCAGCCGCCGCUUGGGCUUCGACUUGGAGGAUAGGCUGCUCGCAAGCAUUGUGUACAGCGAAACAACGCUCCUGUAUACUCUUCCGUAAGAGGCGAACCCCGAAAGCUGUCAGCAGUCAGGCAUCGGGAAAUGUAACACGAUCUACGACCAGUGAAAAUUUACUUCUCCGAACUAAUUACAUGUCCACGGCGAAGCAGAAACCGUUUGAAAAUUUCGAUAUGACGCCAAAAAGUAGUCGGGGCUCCCCAAUACAUCGUGGUAUGGCGGAAGAAACAGACAAUAAACGUAGAGAGCCCAGAAUUAUAGCUUACACAUUCUGUAACUACGGACCCGCUGGUAAUAUCGACGGAUUUCCCAUAUACGAACCUGGCCCUACUUGCAGCAACUGCCCAUCUGGAACACAAUGUGAUAUAGGAACUCAUAGAGGUUUAUGUUCAUUGCUAGGUGAUCCAGAAAAUAAAAUAUUAUAA